AUGGUCUACAAUACUCGCCGAAAGUCCCUCUCGUUACCGUCGCUCGGGAUUCAUCUUCCACAGAGUUCGCGCUCUUCGCCUUCGUCGUCCACGACAAAGAGCGAGCCACCACAGAAGCGUGUGAAACGGGAUCACUCGCCUCUGUCCGCUGGCGGCUACGACACUACCAGUCGCAACAACCUCCCACCCUCUCCGCCACCGGAAUUUAGGAUUAGCCAUGAGGGCAUCAACGAUGAGAUUGUAUCUGGGGUAGUGGACGUCCUCGAACGGUCGGGGAAUAGGCCGCAUACUGUUAAAGAGUUGGCGGCGGUGUUGGCGCCUGUUCUUGGAGUUGUGGAAAACUCGGCUAAUCCCCACGCAAUAAUUUCCUCUCGACUAAACACCUACCUCAAGCGUCCCUUCUCAUCCUCAUCAUCGGCAUCGAGCCAAUGCGUACUUUCGAAAGAACUAAUAACCACUCAUCCGAAGCGCAUAUACUUCUACCUAAGUGCAAUUCCUCACCAACCAAUCCCAAACUCUCAUCCUCCCCAACUUAGUGUCGUAUCACCUACACCUGCCACCCCUUCAACGUCGGAUACCGAGGACCCGGACGCCGAGGAAAACGAAGACCCCUGUCGCCGUCGCGAGAUCUCCCCUAGCCCGGAAGUGGAUCUGGAUUUUACGUCACACGAACUAUCACCCCCAUCACCCGUGCCCAGCGCGACGAGUGGUACCACAGCUACAAGUACGAGCCUCUCGGGAGGUAAAUCCGCCCUGUCAUCCCCGCCGCUGGAAGGCGACGAACGAGAGUUCUCGCAAUCGGCCAUAUACAUCUGCCGACGAAGUGCCAGUCGCGAGACAUCCAACCCACCCUCCUCCGUCGCCGGGGAGAAGCGAAAUAGGGGCGAGUACGAAUCGGAUGGUCAUGGGGAGCCCGGCGGGGACGGAAUCCUGUUAGGAUAUUCGCACGCAGCGGUAUCCGGUGUUGUUGGAGGCGUAGUAACGGGUGUCGGAGUCCUGGAUGCUUCCGACGGGCUGGCGCACGUGAAGCGGGAGGACAGAGAGGAUGACGAGGAUAUCCGGGAGAGCCGGGUGGAGCCGCCGGACGAGGAGGCGGUGGAAGUGGAAAGAACACGAGAAGAGAGCGAAAAACCCGUAGGUCUUGGCCUGGGCAAUUGGGGUGGGGAACUAGAAAGACAUUUGGGGUCCCCCGAGAGUGUGGAGCUGGACGAGUUGGAUGACCUUUUUGACUUUUAGAAAAUCCUCUUCAUUCCCUUGAGCUCGUCUCACUUACCGUGUAUUAUUGAUUGAUCGAUGGAUGGCUGCGUGGACAUGAUCUAUCUCCACUCCAAUCUGCUCUUUUUCUACUACUACUUGCUUCCUUUUUACCUACUAUGGUUGUGCCGCUUUUGUUGACUCUUCCUUCCUUCCUCUCUUCUCUUUCUGCGAUUGGAUUGGAUUGCGAUUACGCGGGUGCUGGUAUUAUUAGACGGGUUGGAGGGUUCUAGAACGCGCGAGGUCUCUCUCCUAUCUUCUUUUUUCCCAUUUUUUUCUUUCCAACUCGUCGUUUGGGAUAGCUGUUUUUCGUCAACUGUCACAGAGGGCUUGGCGGUCGGGGAAGAAAAAAUUAUGUAUGAUAGGACAAGUUAUCGCGGUUUUCUGGGAGUUGGAGCGCGGGUGGGGGUGUAGUUGUACAAUAUAUCUUAUAUAUUAUAUCAUA